UGCUGAUCACCGAACCGAACCGAACCGAACCUCCUGCUGCUGCUGUUCUUUUCUCACAGACAGACAGACAGACAGACAGACAGGUACAGGUCGGAUUAAAUUACGCAUUGCGCCUUUAAGAAGCUGUCAACAGGAUUAGAGUUACGCACGGCUGGCCGAGGUCGCGCGCACCGGAGCGCUUUUUACGCACAGAGGAGCGACAUUUGUCCCUCUGGUUUCUUCCUCUCCGUGGGCCCGGACACAGCUUCCACGCAGCGCGACAUGGCAGAGAUCGGGAAAGGGGUGACAGCCGGGAAACUGGCCCUGAACGUCCAGAAGAGGCUGAGCAGGGCGCAGGAGAAGGUCCUCCAGAAGCUGGGUAAAGCUGAUGAGACUCGGGACGCUGCCUUUGAGGAGCUGGUUGCUAACUUCACCAAGCAGAUGAAUGAAGGCAGCAAACUGCAGAAAGACCUGAAGAGCUACAUGGCAGCGGUCAAAGCCAUGCACGACGCGUCACGGCGGCUGCAGGACUGUCUGGCUGACAUGUACGAACCUGACUGGUUUGGAAAGGAGGAGCUGGACGCACUGGUGGAGGACACGGACACGCUGUGGUUGAGCUUCCAUCAGAACCUGACAGACAAAUCUCUGCUGUGCAUGGACACGUACCUGGCUCAGUUCCCGGAAAUCAAGUCCCGUAUAGCCAAGCGAGAGAGGAAGCUGGUGGACUUCGACAGCGCCCGCCACCACUUUGCCUCUUUACAGAAAGGAAAGAAGAAGGAUGAAGCCAAGAUCGCCAAGCCAGCAGCCUUGUUGGAGAUGGCCGCUCCCAGCUGGGCUCAGGGUUUGAUUUCUGCCCACCAGGUGGCUCAGACUAACCUCUCCUACAACCAGGCGGAGGAGGACCUGGGUCGGGCUCAGAAGAUCUUCGAGGAGCUGAAUGUGGAGUUACAGGACGAGCUUCCAACUCUUUGGGACAGUCGUGUUGGCGUCUAUGUUAGCACAUUCCAGAGCCUGGCAGGUCAUCAGGAGAGCUUCCACAAAGAAAUGAGCAAACUCAGCCAGAACCUGAACGACAUCAUGACCAAACUGGAGGAACAACGGCAGAUCAAAAAAGAUGCUACUGCAGCAACAGGGAACGGAGACGGUGCAAAGAGUGAGGAAGCCAACCACAGUGAAUCGACUAGCCCUGCACCAAAGAAGCUCGGACCUCCGCCCAACCGGCCUCCACCCAGACUUACCCCAUCUCCAGACCCCAAACAGCAAAUCGCUGGCAUGUUUGAGGAAGAGGCUUUAGAACCAGAUGCUAACACAAACUCCUCCAGCACGACACAAGAGAGCUCUGUAACCAAUGGCUCCGAUGCUGAACUUCCUCCAGGGUUCCUCUACAAGGUGAAAGCAGUACAUGAAUACACAGCCACUGACAACGAUGAGCUGGAGCUGAAGGUCGGAGAUUCUGUGCUGGUUUUGGCUUUUGACAACCCAGACGAACAGGAUGACGGCUGGCUUCUAGGCGUCAAGGAGUCUCACUGGUUCCAGAAGAAAGAUAUUUCAGCCAAAGGUGUUUUCCCCGAGAACUUCACUCAGAAGGUUUGAUGUGACUGCUGCGCACCGAUCCUCGUCCGACUCUCUGAUAUCGUUUUCAUGCAGACCCUGACACCAUGAUAAUGAUUAGAUCCUGAAAUGUGCACUGAAACAGAGCAUCCUGUCUGAUGAACACAGUGAUGGAUAACAGUGCCUGUCUGUGCAGUUAUGCAAUGUUACCAGAUGAUAAACAACUUGCUUUCCACUGACUUUUUUGGUAAUCGUGCAAGCAAAAAUAAAAAGGAAUGUAAACAAAAAA